AUGGUUAACGCCGGACGCUCCAAUGCGUGUUUGACAUGCAAGAGACGGAAGAUAAAAUGCGACGAGACAAAACCUGUCUGCUCACGUUGUAUGCGAGCAUGUCUUCAGUGCAAGUGGGCACAAUCGAUCCGGACGCCCGAGUUUCGAUUCGUCGACAUGAAUCAGGCUGUUGCCGCUCGACACGAACACUUCGAGACCCAACGCAGACUCUGGAUGCCAAUGUCACCAUCCAAGGCACUACAAGAUGACCGGGAGACGCAAGCAAUCAAUUUCUUCGCUUGUCACUAUAUGUUAGAGCAGAGUAUAGAUGGCGCACCGAACCCAGGACUCUUUGGCCUCUUCAAGCCUGCUUUUUCGAGCACAUCUCGAGACUCGUCUGCAUCUAUGGCUGUCUCUGCACUUGCUUUAUCAAUAUACUCAAGAUGGCGCAUGGACGGCGUAACAGAGAAGAAGGUGGCCAAUGUUCUUGGUGGUGCCAUCUGGAGACUCUCAAAAGAUCUCAAUGGGGCAGAUACCCGAAGGAACGACAACACUCUUCUGGCGACACUGACCCUUCAGUUCCACUCUAGCUUCGAAUCCUUGUUCGGCUCCAACAAAGCCACCAUCGUCCACCACCUUGGCGCCCUUGCAUUAGUCAGGGGUUUGGGGCCACCAGAAUCCUGGACGACCCUUGCCAAUCAGUUUGUGGCGUACAUCCUUCACGUGGAAGUUGCGGCUGCAAUUCGUGAGCAUCGUAAAGUUCACCCCGAGCUGUGCUAUUGGAGCUCAGUCAUGACCGCGACGUGCAUGCAGCCUGAUAGCCAGAUUGACGCCUUGGGCAUAAGAGUCGCGGAUAUCCAAGUCAGGGCGGACAAUAUACUCAGGACUCAAUCAGAGAACUGUCCAGAGCCAUUUGCUCUUGAUACACUUCUGAGAGACAUUCAAGUCCUUGACGGAUGCCUGGUCCAUUGGCAUGGUCUGGUUCUGAAUGCGUGGGGCCCAUUCUGCUGGUGUCAGGAUGAGGUCGUGUUCCCGCCGAUACAGACAUUCAAAGGCGCUUGCCAUGUGUACACUUCGAUUCGCGCUGCUCGACUCAUCAACAUCUGGCGUAGUUACAGACUCUCUAUAUCUCUACUAUCCCUGCAGCUGAUCAGUCAAUACCGAGGCCGACAGCUGUUCGAUGCUGAAGAAUCACACACCAUCGAGGAUGCUCUUGUGAAGCGCAUCCGAUGGCUUGUUGAUGAAUUCUGUGCAUCUGUGCCAUUCUUCUUGGGUAACAGGACCAAAAUUGGCACAGUCGCGGACUUUGACGAUUCAGCCUGGCGAUUCCCUACUUGCCAUGACAUGACCGAGUUGCAUGACACAAAGGGACGACCUGCCGAAAUGAAAGGGCUGGAAUCAACGUCGCACCACAAAAGUCGUGCUAUCGCACAAGGCGUAUGGCUAAUCAUGGGCAACCUCACACAGCUCGUCGCCUUCUUCCUCAGUCCCGCAAGCCUCAAUUCCCGCUUGCCGCUUAAAAAUGGUCAGCUCGCUUGGAUAUGUCAGCAAUACCUUCGAAAUCUCUCAUUGCUCUCGCUUCCGUGGACUCUCAACAAAGCACUUGAAGAAGAGGUCCUUACUGGUGUUGCUUUGCCAUCAGAAGAGAACAUAAUAGCUGAGGCAAGAAGAUGCGUCCAACGGGUCCAACAGGGUUUGAAGAUGACUGGGGACUGA